AUGGCUCGACAGAACAAUGGCACAUGGCUUCUUGACAUCGGUGCAAAUGCUCAUGUUACUCCUGAACUUCAUAAUCUUGUCAACCCUAAGGAAUAUACUGGUAAUGACAAUGUUGGAGGUGUAGCUCUUGAUCUUCUUCAACGUACUAAAUUUAUGGAUGCAAAGCCAAUUUCUACACCAGUUUCCAGUGGGCAAAAAUUGAGUGCUUAUGUUGGUGAACCGCAUACUGAUCUUGAGACCUACAGAAGCAUUGUGGGCGCCUUGCAGUAUCUAACAAUCACUUGCCUAGAUUUAUCUUAUGUUGUAAACCAAGUUUGCCAAUUUAUGCAUUCUCCGAAGUCUCCUCAUUGGCUAGCAGUCAAGCGCAUCCUGCGUUAUCUUAAAUCCUCUUAUGAUUAUGGUAUUGUUCACAAGCCCGGCAGUUUGCAAGUUAAUGCUUUCUCGGAUGCAGACUAUGCCGGUGAUCCGGAUUCUCGACACUCAACCAGUGGAUAUUGA